GAUAAUAUAUGCAGCAUACUUAUCUUCGGUUCACAAAGAGGAAGUUGUCGUAAUGAAUAUUGCUUUGCCUUCUCUUCUGCCUUCUGUUUUGUUGUUUGGAACUUGUUAGGUUAGGUCUUUGUCCUUGUGAUGUGAUUAUGUUGUCGUUUUAUUUUAGUGUGUUCUGUAUACUUUGCCAUCAACUUUCCAUUUUCUCAUGAAACGUCAGUAUAAUUGUUUGCUAACAGAUUGUAUCUCCAUCCUUAAUUGUUUGCUAACAGUAAUCUUGACCAGACAAAAAAUUUACAGUCAUACUCUCCUUUCAAAAGGGUCGGCCAAGGAUGCUCUUGUUACCCACAGAAAAACGAGGGGGGAAACAUUGUGACUAAAAUGUCAUAAUCUCUCCAAGCACAUGAAUUGGCCACAGAUAUUUCUCGCAACUACAAUCCCAAUCACUUUUGCACACUCAACUGACUGUAUAAAACGAUCCCAGUUGCAUAUACACAAAUCAGAGCACAAACUCUUCCUCCUAUCUUCUGCUUGAAAUGGCUAAGGCUGACAGAUACUCCCCAUCUUCAUCGCCUCUCUAUGAGAGAUUCCCUCUCAAGUACACCAGUCAUAGAAUUCUAGACGUUGUGGUGUCCCUCCUCUUGGCUUCCCUUCUAAUCUAUCGUCUCCUCCAUCUCCACCACCAUGGCAUUGCUUGGCUUAUUGCUCUUUCAUGCGAGUCUUGGUUCGCCUUCUUUUGGCUUCUCGCCGUCUCCACCAAAUGGACUCCCGCUGAGUUUAAAACUUACCCUGAGCGGCUUUCCGAGCGGGUGGAGGAGCGGGAGCUCCCGGCGGUGGAUAUGUUCGUGACGACUGCGGACCCAGUGCUGGAACCGCCGAUAAUCACAGUCAACACGGUGCUUUCGCUAAUGGCGGUGGAUUACCCUGUGAGUAAGCUUGCCUGCUAUGUCUCGGACGACGGCUGCUCACCUCUCACCUAUUACUCUCUAGUGGAAGCAUCGAAAUUCGCUAGGCUGUGGGUCCCAUUCUGUAAGAAGUACAACGUCCACGUGAGAGCUCCAUUUCGAUACUUCUCCGUUGCCGAGGUUUCUUCUGGUAAUGGCGAAUCGUCAGAGUUCCGGCAAGAGUGCGAGAAGAUGAAGGAAGAGUACGGGAAGCUGUGUUGUAAGAUCGAAGAGGCAACCGGAAAGCAGCCAUCGUCAUGGGACGUAACUUACAGUGGAGAUUUGGCUGCUUUUGCUCAUGUUGAGCGGAGGAACCAUCCAACCAUUAUUAAGGUGAUAUGGGAGAAUAAAUAUGAUACGUGGGCGGGAGAAGAAGGGCUGCCGCAUUUGGUAUACAUAUCCAGGGAAAAACGCCCCGAACAUCCCCAUCACUACAAGGCCGGUGCCAUGAACGUCCUGACUCGAGUGUCAGGAGUUAUGACGAACGCACCGUUCAUGUUGAACGUGGACUGUGACAUGUACGCCAACAAUCCACUCAUCGUCCGCUAUGCAAUGUGUGUGUUGCUUGAUGCCAGAAGGGAAGAGGGGUUCGUCCAGUUCCCCCAGUCUUUCUAUGGGGCCUUAAAGGACGAUCCCUUUGGCAAUCAACUGGUGGUCCUUUUCCAAUUUGUAGGAGCUGGGAUAUCAGGGAUCCAAGGAGCUUUUUAUGGAGGAACAGGGUGCUUUCACAGGCGCAAAGUCAUUUAUGGAUUGUGCCCGGUUGACAACACUGGGGAAUUUUCGGAGAAGGAACUGCUCAGGAUAUUCGGCACUUCAAUCGAGUUUGCAGAGUCGGCCGGACUUGCAUUGAAAGGGCAUACCAAUUCCCAAACGAACACUUCUAGAGGUCGUCUUUUGGACUCGGUCGAGGUAGCAAAUCAGGUUGCUGGCUGCAGCUACGAAUCCAGCUCAAAUUGGGGCAAACCAAAUAUUGGUUGGCAAUAUGGUUCCACGACGGAAGACGUGCUAACGGGCCUUGGCAUUCACACCAGAGGAUGGAGCUCCGUAAUGUGCAACCCAUACCCUGUGGCCUUUCUCGGCUGUGCUCCAACUGGCGGCCCAGCUUCCCUGACUCAACAGAAGAGAUGGGCUACCGGUUUGCUAGAAAUCCUGAUCAGCGGAAGAAACCCUUUAAUUUCGGUAUUCACUGCCAAGCUUCAAUUCCGGCAGUGCUUGGCGUAUUUGUGGAUCAUGAUCUGGGGUUUAAGGUCCAUUCCUGAGCUCUGCUAUUCCCUCCUCCCUGCUUAUUGCCUCAUCACCAACUCCAAUUUCCUCCCGAAGUUGCAAGAUCCAGGAAUCUACAUCGUAAUAGCUCCACUAGCAGCCUACACAGUCUACACACUGCUCGAGUAUUCCCAAACAGGGCUUUCAAUACGGGCAUGGUGGAACAACAUGAGAAUGGCGAGGAUCGUGGCGACAGGGCCCCGAUUUCUCUCCCUCCUGAGCGUGAUUUGCAAAGUGUUGGGGUUAUCAGAAACAGUCUUCGAAGUCACCCAGAAGGACACUACUAGUAGCAGUGAUGAUGAUCAAAGUCAGCAUGACGUAGCGAGUCGGUUCACGUUCGACGGGUCCUUGAUGUUUGUACCCGGAACGGUGCUCGUUAAUCUGGCCGCUUUGGGAAUUGGGUUGGUGACCGGUUUUGGAGACGGGUCGGGUCUGGGAGAGGUGAUCAGCUGCGUGGUGUUAUUGAGCUUCUUUUGGCCGUUCGUUGAAGGUUUGUUUGUGGGGAGAGGGAAGUAUGGGAUUCCUCUGGCUACGGUUGGAAAGUCUUUUACAUUGGCUCUGGUUUUUGUUUUGUCCUUCAUCACACGACGACCUAAGAGCGCUUAGAUUUAUGGGUAUAGACAUUUGAGUAAUGUAUUGUUGAGAUAGUUUGUGUAUGAUAGUUGUGGAGAAAGUUUUUGCUACGUAUUGCAAAGAAAACUCCACAAUUUUCAAUAUCAUUUAUAAUUUUAAUCUAUGAGUUGAAGCUAUCAUUAUUUUAAGUAUUCAACCAGUAGGAUAAAAUAUAUUUGAUGCUAUUUAUAAUUUCAACCAGUAAGAGCUCAACCCGUAAUCAUUUAAGUUGUUUAACCAAUAGAAUAAAAUCUAUGUGAUGCAAUUAAUCAACAAUAUUACUACUCAUGUUAUAAGAAAAUGUACAACAACACAUAACAUUUUAUUUUUAUUAAAUGGUUGACUUCUGUACAUUACACAACAAAAACUAUCAUGGUUAAAAUUUUGUACUUUAUUUUUUAGCAAUGAUAGAAACUCAUUAAUAACUACAAAUAACUUAUUUUUAAUUUUUAGUUUAUAAUAUGUUUGAUAAUUGUUUAUAAUUUUUAAAAAUAAUUGCAAAAUUCCUAAAAGCAUGAAUUUAGUUGGUACACAAUUAUAAAAUUUUACCUAAUUUGACAUGUGAUUUUAUUUUAAAAUCGAAAAUGAAAAAGCAAAAAAUAACCUUCUUUCGUAUUCUAGAACACAAAGAAUUUAAAUAUCCGAACUAACACACUCUUAUCGCGAUUUACUAGAAAAAUAACUAUCUUUUUUGUGCUUACUAAAUUUUUAAGAGAUUAUAGCAUGAAAUAAAAAUGAUGAUUUGCUAAGUCAUAAUAAUUUAUUUAUGUGAUCUAUUCCUAUACUUUAAGAUUAAUGAAAUAUAUCAACAUAAUUGAGUCAUAUGCUACAGUGAUACACUAUAAUUUCAUGUGUUUAAGAAUAUCAACAUACACCAAUGGUCACCAAAAUUUUUUUGUAUCUUUUUUAAAACUGAAUUAUGGUUAUAUGGCUUAAAUAUGUUUAUGCUCCAUUGGUAAAAAAGUUACAAGAAAAGUAAUGCUCAUAUAAAUAUAUGCAUUUUUCAUCUUUAGUGAUUGAAUUUGACAAUUCAUGCAUAUUAGAAUGACAUCAUUAUCUUUUCCUUUUUGCGAUUCAAAUUUCUUUCUAAUUUCAUUUUUCGUACUUCAUUAAAUUUUCUAACAUGCACAAUUAUAAACACAUUGACUUUUCUUUUUUCCUGAUGUAGGUAUAAUUCAUUUCUUUUCUCUUUUCAUUAUUUGCAUAAGUUUCUUUCUUUAUCCUACAUGAGUGUGAUGCGCAACUUUGAGUCAUGUUCCGAUCCAUAGCACCUAAAUUAAGGAAGAUUUCUAAACGCAUCUUAAGCUAUUGGGUGCAUUCAAUGCACUCGCCUGAUAAUCAUCAUUCCGAGCAUGCGAUUUAUGUCAAACGAUAUCUAUAGUCGCUUAUGAUAUUAUGAACAAUAAACACAUGAAUUUUCAAAAAAACUCAUUUAAUAUUUACUUUAAUUUGAAAGAUUUAGGAUUUACGGAUUUAGGGUUAGGGUUUAGGUUUACAAUUUGAGAUUUUGGUUUGGGAUUCAUAAUUGAAGAUUAACUGGUUAGGGUAAUGGCUUGAUUAGUUGUGAUUUUAUGUUAUAUCAUCAUAUUAUACUAAUGCUAUCAAUUAAAAUUCGAAAUUCGUUGUAUUGUAGUCACUUUUAGAAUUGGGUGCACUGAACGCACCCAAAAAAGUGAGUGCACCGAAGUAGCCACCAUAUAUAUAUAUGGGUACGACUCUUAUGCUCCAGGCGCAUAGCAUGCUUCAGGAUUUUCCACCAUUGAUCUAAUCUAACGGAAUUUAUUAAUUCUUUUUAAAUUAAUUAUUUAUUAAUAAUUAUAUUACAAACUGUACCCUUUAAAUAAUUAUACGUGCUAUGAAGUCCCCCAAGUAUGAUACCUUUAUUUCGUAGAGGUUCUGAUUGAACCCAAAAAUUUAUAUAAUUGAUAAUAAGAUUCUAUUGAAAUUUGGAUCAAAUAAACGAGUAAAAACUUCAAUUUUACAAUCAUCAUCCAAAUUCAGCAACCAAUAAAACCUAAAACCAAAAGCAACUGCCGUCGACUUCAGCUCAAGCUCUGCUUGCAAGCUCUUAUAGUACUGGAAUCAGACGGAUGCCAUGGAAAACAGAGGCUGCGGUGUGAUCAUUGCGGGAAUCGGGAUACUAGGCGAUUAGUUUUCUCCCAUCCUUGUUCUUUAUAUGACGAGAUCGGGAUGACCGAUUCGUUCAGACGGCAAGGAUUUCGAUCAAUGUCGGAAGCAAGCUUACCAUGUUUUCUACUGCGAGAUGGAAAAAUGUCAAAAAGAAACAAAAGGAUAAGAAAACUCGAAGUAGAGUCUCCUCCCAUCACCGGCGAGCUCAUUCUUUCUAUUCUUCUCUACCUCGUUCCGCCUAAGUCAUUCAUGAAAUAUAUAGUUCACUGUGUUUUGGGGAAAGGGGUCGGGUUUCGUUGGGGAAAAAUAAAAGUGUCGGGUUUCGUUGGGGAAAAAUAGAUACACAUGGGCUAGUUUGGCUAGGGUUUCGUUGGGGAAAAAUAUAAGGGUAUGCGAGCAUUGGUAUCGAACCAUUGUCUCAAUAAGCACAUGCAAAGCAAUUACCAACUGGUCUGAACGAAUUUUGUAAUUUUAUUAACACACAUAUUAUUAAAAUGAUUAAUGAUUC